AUGAUGAAAAGCAGUCUUCACAAAGGUGUCCGGCAGGGAUCAACAGGCUCCGUUCUGCAAGACAUCCCAUCUCCAAAAAGUGGGUCAUGGAAAGUGGUCGAUCCACCAGGUGUCACUGCUUACCACCACCAUCCACCGAUCUUGUCGUCUGCAGGUUCCGAUUCGGCAGAACUGGUUCUCGACACCGAAUCGAACAUGCGGUCGGUAACGGUUCUCCUCGGCACCUUGGUCCUCACGCUUCAACUCGUAAGCAGUGAUCCAGUGCGACAGCGACAAAACUGGUAUGGAAGGCCAAAAACACAAGUGGACAGUGAAUUCCAAUCGGAAAGAACGAAAGUGAGCUUGUCGUGUGACACGGGCAAGAUGGUGCUGAAGAUGAACUUCGCCGACCCCUUCGGAGGGGUGGUCCAGAUGGGCCCCAAGGCCACCAGGGAGUGCAUGCUCAGAGGAGACCGAAGAAGGACGUCCUACGUCAUGACCGUCUCGCCGGACGCUUGUGGAAGCUGCAAAGGACACUCGUGUUCGCCAGGGACGUUCGUCAACACGCUCUACAUCCGCUACCAUCCCACUUUGGAAAGGGACGGGGAUGACGUCAAAACCGUCAUCUGCAAGUAUCAAGCCGGUUCCAUUCAAACGGGUUGACCUCGCCUACGACACUGCCUCUUGUCUUAUGAAAGCUAAAAUUUUCUGUGAUCUAGUGGGCGCCCGCUUUUUGCUCGGAGGCGGGAAGCAACGCUUCUUUUUUUUACAAUAAUAAACAUCU